AUGCAUGAAAACAGCUCAAAUACUCAAGAUUUAACAGGAUGUGAUUUUCUUUCGAAAAAAAACAAUUCUCUAAGACAGAAAAUACUUAAUGGAUUUGGAUUACCUAUUUUUAAUAAACCUCAGGUGAUUUCAGAAGAAAAUAAUGAUAAAUAUAAGACAAUAGAGGAGAGUGGUGUUCUUGCAUCAUGUAUCUCUCAAUCACGACAAGCACUUCUUCAAGGAUUGAUAUUUGAAAAAUUUUCAAAAAACUAUUGUUCUAAAAAACAGGAUGAUGAAAUAGAAAAGACAAAUAUUAAACAAAAAAUUUCUAAAAUUGGAAAUUUUACAUUACAUAUUGAACUUUUUUCUUUUCCAGAAACAGUAUUUUAUUUAGUAAAAUAUGUUACAAAAACAGAUAAUAAUCUAUCAUGUGAGAAUAUAGAAGGUACAAGACAGCUUGAAAAUACGGAUACAUUGUUUUCAUGCAAAAAUAAAGACACAUUUAAUAGUGCCAAUAAUGACAUUAAUGUUAUAAAAUCAGAAAAUAUAGCUAAUUAUUCAACAUUUACACCAGAAAUCAAAUAUUUAGAUUUUUUUGAAAAAUAUUUUUUAGAAAUCUUUAAAAAUGAUCCUUUAAAACUAGAAAAAACAGAUAAAGCCAUAGAACGACUGAAAAUUGUUCCAUUAAAUCCAGAUUUUAAAGAAAUAUUACAUUUAAUCAUGACAGGGAAAGCAACAAUUGAACAAAAAAAAAUAUUUAACUUAUAUAUGACAUCACCUCAAUCAUCGCAAAUACCUUCUAAUUAUAACGAAAAAAUAACCAUAUCAUCUGUUUUUCAAAAUAAAUGUUUAGAAAACAAAAAUAAUAAUAAAAAAGUUACAAAAACAAAACAAAAGAAAAAUAAUAAUUAUAAAGAUGCAGAAAUUAUUUUUGAAUUUAAAGAAAAUCCAGGAGAAAAAUGGAUACUUCCUAAGGAUAUUAUAAUCGAAAAAUUAGAUACUAAAGAGCCAUUUGAAGUUCUUAUAUCAUUUAUAUAUAUUGAAGAUUCCCUAUCUCAAUUCCAACCAAUUACUUUAAAAAUUUCUUCUUGUAGUCAAAAAUUAUGGGAUUUUAUAUCAAAAUAUUCAAAUGAUAAAGAAAAAGUAUGCGAGGCUAUGUCAAAAAUUCUAAUUGGGAAACGUUCAGAAAAAUUAUAUUUUCAAUAUCGAAUAACAAUUACAGAUACAAAAACAUUUAAAAAUGAAUCAGAAGAAAAAAUAAACAUAAUUUCUAGAAAUAAAAAAUCAGUACUUCCACAAAAAAGAAAAACGAUUGACGAAAACGAUAUAACAACAUUGUCAUCUACAAACAAUAAAUCUACAUCACCAAUAAUUUCAAAAAAAAUUGAAAAAAAACAUAUAGUUUUUCCCAAAGAUUGGAACUGCAAUAUAUGCAAUACUACGGAAACUCCUUUAAGGCGUCGAGGUCCAGAUGGACCUGGAACAUUAUGCAAUGCAUGUGGAAUGAGAUGGAAAGGAGGAAAAAAAUACUAA